AUGACAGUAGUAAAUCAAGGUGAGGUUGAUGAUUUGGUACGAUAUUUGUACAGUGAAUGUCACCUUGACAAGUCGACCUAUCAGGAUAUUGUUGAUAUUCAUUCAAUAACUCCAUCGUUAAUUUAUUUAAUUCACAAGUAUAGCGAUAAUAAUUCUAAUGGUCAUACAAUAAUAUCAAAUUAUUCAUCAUUACUUUUGCAGGAUGACCAAUUAAGUGUGAAUCAAAAGGUGUGUUCUAGAGUAACUCUUCCAUAUUUGGAUAAAUUGCAGGAAUUGCCUCGUGGAAGUUUACUUUUAUAUGGAGAAACAGCUUGUUAUGUAGCAGCCUAUAUAUUAUCUAAUUUGAAGAAUGGUCAGUUUAAAGAUAAUUUGAGAUUAUUUUGCAGUGGCCAAUAUAAUAAUUUUACCUGUAACAUUAAACAAGUGAUGGAUUAUAUUGAAGCAUCUCAUAUAUUCAUUUUAAAUCCAUAUUUAUCAGAACAGGAUAUUAGAGAAUUAGUGGAAUUUCAGAGUAAUACAAAGACGAAACUGCUGGUUUCAUGUAGACCAGAUCUGUUGGAUCUUGGCUUAGCUAACUUUAAGCUAAAUACAAAGUCUCCUAGUUUCAUUUUAACUCUAAGAAACAAUACGAAAUCUGCAGAGGGAUAUGGUGCAUCACCUAGAGGAGUGAUUCCUAUCCCAAUAUAUUUAUAUUCAAGGAUUCCAUCAAUUAGUAUCCAAGAGAAUAAGGGAAACAUAAAGAACCAUGAACAGCAGCAGCACUAUUCUAGUGUAUUCUCUUUUGAUUAUAAUUGCUAUAUUGGAGAUGACUUAAGAGCUGUUAUUUGUGUGCUAUCAAGUUUGUAUAGAUGGUUUAGGGAAUUUUCUAUUAAUAUUGGUGAUAAAAGUAGUCAUGAUAUACAAAAUACAAGCUUAUUUGAUGAUGAAGUUGAUAAAUAUUAUCCCAAUCGUGUAAGAGAUCUAUUGGCAAAUAUUGAGUAUAUUAUUAAGUCUUUAAAGCAUAUUUCAGAUGCUCGUAUUGGUGAUAUGAGUUUCACAAGUAAUCUAACUGCAUCAAUCAAUAAUGAUUCAUCUAGUACAGAUACGAGGAAGGGUAUUAAUGGCGGUCUGGCCAAUUGCACUAAUAAUGAUAAUAGUCUAGAUAUUGGACCUCAUUCUGGUGUAAUAAAGUUUACUACACCUAAUUCUAGAUGCUCUAUUUCUACUACAGCAUCAACUACCCCAGUUAGUAUUGGGAAUGAUCUUAUCAAAGGUGAAUUAAGCCAAGUUAGUACCUCACAUUCCCAAAAAGCCGCUGAUUUAAAAUAUAAUGUUAAUUCUGUUGGUCUUGCUAAUAGAUUGAGUAUAACGAACUCAGUAAGAUGUAGCUCUUCAUCUGUUGUAUGUUCUAGGACUAUGAGUCCUUCAAAUGAAAGGGUACGCAAGGAUUAUAAGAUAACUAAUGGAAGUGUAAGGAACAGUGUUGAAAGUGGAGUUAAUAGUAUGGGUACACCAUCUUGUUUAGGUCAGUCAACGACAUCAAAUUCAACCCCAGUGGUUAGUACUUUAAUUCCAGGUACAAUAGUGCGUUUUAGAUCUCAGAUCCCUGUUGACGCGAAACUAAUACCAGGUGUACCAGAGACAGAUUAUUUUACUCACGUACAACAGGUAUACUACCAUUUUCAGAAAGGUGAAUGGAGAGCAGUAUAUGGUCCAUCUAAGAAUAGACAGCAAAAGUCAUUUUCAGUUAAUAAAUAUGGUUUCUAUGAAGCUAAGAGAUUGGCUGAGGAAUGGAGAUUACGGUACCUGUACUCUCAUCCAAAUACUUGUACUAAUAUAUCUGGUGUUAAUAGUUCGAAUACAGUCAUUACUCCUAACUCUAAUAGUAGUAAAAGGGUUUCAAGGGGUAACUUAAGUCAAAAUAGUCAACUUAAUAAUAAGAUUACAUCCAAUAAUAUUGCUGGAAAUUUAGAUACUAGCAAUCAAAGUAGUACAAGAGUAUCUAAAAGAAGAAGAGUUAGUAGCACUAAUGAAGGUAGGAUAGUAACAUCUGGUUUAGUUUCAGAAAUGGCUAUUAGGUCAAUGGGGGGACUACGUGUUGAUGAAGAUAUACUAAAUAGAGCAAAUGAACUUGUCAAGUUAAAUUCUAGUAGUGAUUACAGCAAUAUUUCACAAUCAAUAUGCCAGAAUAAAGCAAAUAUUACUAAUAGUUCUACAUUAUCUUCAUCUUAUGCCAAUAGUACGAACAUUUCUCCUCAAAAUGAAAAAAUAUCUGAGCAUUCUAUAUUACAUCCAUCUAUUAUUGGAUGUAAUAACUUUGUUCGUUAUAACAUUAAAGAUGGUUCCAAUCAUGAAGAUUACAAAAUUGAUAAUGGAAGGAAUACUCCUGAUAAUAGCAAGUCUGGAAGUGUAUUUCAAAAUGUUAAUCAUGGUAGUAACUCAGAUAUAUCUGUUAGAGAAACCACUAUACACGAUUUUAAUGAUCACCAAUUGUUAACUCAUCCUGUAUUAGAUCCAUUAAUGCUUCAUUAUACUGCAAAUGAACCUAAUUCUCCUAUGGUUCAAAAUAAUGAUGAUAUUUCAGAAUCACAUAUGUGUGAGAAUAAAAAUAAUGGAACUGAUAAUUCAUUAGUAGAUGAUGAGGUUCCACUAAGCCCAACAGGAAAAACACACGCUACUAAUAAAUUGAAGAUUAAUAUAGGUUCAUCUGUUAGGCCUCCAAAUAAUACAUCCUCAUAUCAUUCAAGUCCAUAUACUGAUCAUUUCUCUAAUAUAUCAACAACUGAAACUAGCUACACAUGUGUAUCUCCUGUGGUAGAAGAUUCCUGCUGCUGGCAUAAUUCUAGUGAUAACAAUAAUACAAAUGAAGUGGAUAUUAACAAUGUAGGCAAUACAUGGCUUAAACGAAGUGCUUGGGAUGAAGAUCUCUUAAUAGAUUCUUUUUUUGUUGGAUAA